AGCCGUUUGGAGGCAUCCAGCUUGUCGUCACGGGCGACUUCUUCCAGCUUCCUCCAGUCACACCGGCCGGCAAAGAAGUCUGUUUCGCCUUUCAGAGCUCGGCGUGGAAAGAGUGUAUCGAGCGGACCAUAACCCUGACCCAGGUCUUUCGUCAGAAAGACAGCGGUAAGAACAUUGUUGACAAUGAACUUUUCCUUCUAUCCCCCUUUUCCCCUCUGCUAUACUUAUGUCUGGACAAGUCAUGAACGGUGGGCGCAUCGCUAAACCAAAAACCCACACGCAGACUUCAUCACCCUCCUCAACGCCAUGCGCAGGGGCGAAAUCCACCCCACCGCCGCAAACACCCUCAAGUCCCUCUCCCGGCCCCUCUCUCAAGCCGAUGGCCAGCUCCAGCCCACGGAGCUCUUCCCGCUGCGCGCCGAGGUGGACCGCGCCAACGCCGCGCGCAUGGCGCACCUGGCUGGGCCCGUGUUCAGGUUCACGGCCCGGGACGCGGGCCAGGCGGCGCCGGAGAAGCGGCGGAGGCUGCUGGAUAGUAUGACGGCCGUGGCGGUGCUGGAGGUGAAGCGCGAUGCGCAGGUGAUGCUUGUGAAGAACGUCAGCGAGACGCUUGUGAAUGGGACGGUGGGG